UCGGGUGGGCGGCUAUGGCGGCCGGAGGGGCCGCCCGCUGUCGGGUUUCCCGCUGUCGUCCCGGCCCGCUCAGAAGAUUUCUGAGCUGAGGAAGAGAAGGGGGCGGCGGGCAAGACCUCUGCCCCGCGCCAAUGGAGGGAUCGAAGUCGUCGAGCAGCACCAUGCAGGUGAGCUUCGUGUGCCAGCGCUGCAGCCAGCCCCUCAAGCUGGACACGUCCUUCAAGAUCCUGGACCGGGUCACCAUCCAGGAGCUCACAGCUCCGCUGCUCAGCGCAGCCCAGGCGAAACCCACGGAGGCCCAUGAAGAAGAGCCCAGUGCCGGAGAGGAGGCCUUUACCGAAACCCGGCAGGAUGGCGUCUCCCGAAGAUUCAUCCCCCCGGCCAGGUGGAUGAUGUCCACAGAGAGCGCCAACAGUUUCACCCUGAUUGGGGAGGCGUCGGACGGGGGUACCAUGGAGAACCUCAGCCGGAGGCUGAAGGUCACCGGGGACCUAUUUGACAUCAUGUCGGGCCAGACGGACGUGGACCACCCUCUGUGCGAGGAGUGCACGGACACCCUGCUGGACCAGCUGGAUACGCAGCUCAACAUCACGGAGAACGAGUGCCAGAACUACAAACGCUGUCUCGAGAUCCUGGAGCAGAUGAACGAGGAAGAUAAAGAGAAGCUGCAGAUGGAGCUGAAGGAGCUGAUGCUGGAGGAGGAGAGGCUGAUCCAGGAGCUGGAGGCCGUGGAGCAGAGCCGCCAGGCCGUGGCUGAGAACUUCGAGAAGGUCCAGGCCGAGGCGGAGAGGCUAGACCACGAGGAGGCUCAGUACCAGAAGGAGUACAGUGAAUUCAAGCGGCAACAACUGGAGUUGGAUGACGAGCUGAAGAGCGUGGACAACCAGAUGCGCUAUGCCCAGAUGCAGCUGGACAAGCUGAAGAAAACCAACGUCUUCAACGCCACGUUCCAUAUCUGGCACAGCGGGCAGUUUGGCACCAUCAACACCUUCAGGCUGGGGCGCCUGCCCAGCGUCCCGGUGGAGUGGAACGAGAUCAACGCGGCCUGGGGACAGACCGUGUUACUGCUUCACGCCCUGGCGAACAAGAUGGGCCUGAGGUUCCAGAGAUACCGCCUGGUCCCCUAUGGAAACCACUCGUACCUGGAGUCCCUCACAGACAAAUCCAAGGAGCUGCCCCUCUACUGCUCGGGGGGCCUGCGCUUCUUCUGGGAUAACAAGUUUGACCACGCGAUGGUGGCAUUCCUGGACUGCGUGCAACAGUUCAAAGAAGAGGUGGAGAAAGGAGAGACGCGCUUCUGCCUGCCUUACAGGAUGGACGUGGAGAAAGGCAAGAUCGAAGACACGGGGGGGAGCGGGGGCUCCUACUCCAUCAAAACCCAGUUCAACUCGGAAGAGCAGUGGACGAAGGCCCUCAAGUUCAUGCUGACCAACCUGAAGUGGGGUCUGGCCUGGGUCUCCUCCCAGUUUUAUAACAAAUGACUCCGUCGCUCUCCUUUCCCUGCCGGGGACAGCGAGAGUGCUGCCUUGGUGGCUUUAGGCUCUGUCGUGAAAUUGUUAGAAGUUCAUUUAAUAUUAAACCGGACAAAAUACUUA